AUGACGGGAGCUCCCACUGCAGCCGAGGGCUACGCCUCGGGACCGCCAAAGGUUGGACCGGAGGCAGCCGAGGUGAAACGGCUUUGCGAAGAAAGGGUAGCAACGUGGAAGUCCGACGGCAAUGCGCGUCUCACUGAGGGUGAUGUUUCCGGCGCUGUCGAAUGCUACUCUCGGGGCAUUGAUGCGGCCAAGGAGGCUGGUGUGGAAGGGAAGCUUCUGAGCCAGCUCUAUCUCAAUCGUGCGCAGGCGCAGGCACGCAUCGGAAAGCAGGCGGAAGCCCUGCAGGACUCCGAGUUUGCACUUGAGCAUGACCAGCUGAACGGACGGGCGUACUGGCGGGCUGCUACAGCUGCUUUGGGACUUAAUCGCCCAGACACAGCUGCUGCACUCUGCAUGCGUGGCAUCAAGGUUCUGGGUGAUUCUGACACCUUGUCCUCGCUGCUGGAGGAGGCAAAGCAGAAGUUGGAAGAGGCGAAGCGAAGUCAGGAGGACACUCAGCGUGCAGCAUCCUCCCAGGUGGAAGCAGAGGAGGUUGAGCCCACCAUUGCGAGCGAGCUCAGCGAGCGUGCGGCGGCCUUGCUGAGAGCCUAUCGCGACCAAGAUGAGGCCGUGCGCAAGUUCGAGGACAUCAGGCGAGCGGUCAAGCUGUUCCAGGCGAGCUUGCAGGAGGACUCGAACAACGAAGAAGCGCUGCUGGGUCUAGGGGAGAUCUUGGAUGAAGGCCUAGGAGGCCUUGAGCCCGACCCAGACGCAGCUCGGGUGCUCUGGAUGCAGGUGCUGCAUUCUGUUGCACUGGUUUUUGCUUCCGUGGGAAGCAACUUGUCUCAGCGUCCAGCUUGGACUUCGGCUCGCCCGCCGGCUCAAGACGAAGAAGACCCCUUCACUUCAUCUCCAGUCCGUCGCAAGAAGCAUCCCUCUCACCUCCUGUUUUUCCAAAUGGAGCAUUAUGGCCUGCCGGCAGCAGCUCUGACGUUUGCAUUGAGCAAUGCGAGCGGUUUGGCAAGAGUUGUGGCAUCCUUGGGCGGGUACAUGAUCUUCACAACAGGAAUUCUGCUGUCGGAUACCCUUGGCUACAACAUCGGUUCCCUCGAGGAUGCAGCAGCUUUCAUUGUGUUCUUCGACUUGGGCUCGAUCUACACUAUUUGGACGCUUCGGGCUCACAUCAACUUGCGAUUCCUCAUAGCGAUGUGGCUUCCAUGGACGAUCUUCGAGCUCAUUGGCACGAGGGUGCUGAUCGCUAACAGUGAUUCGCCCUGGCUGAAGCGCUCUUUCGGCAUCCUUCUAUUCGUUGUUUUGCUGGUGGAUGCCUUUGAGCAACACCGUCGCAACCGACAGGCAUCCAGCUCUGCCGGCGACAGCCCGCAGAAGGCGCAGGCAUUCGGUCAGCCGACGGUCGUCAGUGGGCAGGAGACUGCAGCUGUGCCAGACGCAGAGGUCGAGACUGGCGAGGCAGGCGAACGGUCGCAGGUCCUGCAGAAGCAGCCUUCGCCCACUGGCUUCGACCCGGCAAGACCGCGUGACCUGGCAAAGGCCAUAGCCCUCGGUGCGACUGGUGGGCUUCUGAAAGGCAUGUACACUGUCCCGAUGCCGGCCUUGACGAUCUUCAUUCUUUUCUCUGGCGUCGAUAAAGAUACCUGGCGUGCCAAUUCCGUCCUCAAUUCUGCGGCGGGGCUACCGACAAAGGCAUAUUAUCUUUUCGUCAUGGAGAAAAAAUUCGACAAACGGAGGGUGCCACAGUACAUCGCGACCGUGCUGGGGAUGCUUUGUGCAACUCCACUUGGGAAUUUCAUCGCGAGGCGCAUCAACAAAGAAACCUUCAAGGACGUCGUCCGUGCGCUGACGUUCUCGGGUGCAUGUUCCAUGCUUGCCUCGGGCACUUUUAUGGCUGCUGGGGCCGUCUUGAUCGCCUUCAGCUGCUCGUGCGCCCUUACGAUCUGUCGCUACCGGGCACGACUUUCAGGCGAGAACCAGGCCAGCGGCCCGCCUGCACCUCGGGAAGACGCCCGAACUGUAAGUCUUUAA